UUUGAGUAAUUUUCGAGGCCCAAGCUAUUUGUUUCUGGGACACGUCAUUGUCACAGUCUUUCUUCUCUUUCGCUGGCGGCUUUGAAUGGCGGAAGACGGACCUAACUGGGACGGAUUGCUUAAAUGGAGUCUCUCUCACGCCGAUGGUACUCGGCCUACUCGCCAGUUGAGCGAGGAGGAUCGAAAAUGGUUUACGGAAGCUAUGCAAUCUCAGACCGUAGAUGUAGUCAAACGGAUGAAGGAGAUUACGCAGGUAAUGCUGACACCUCAACACGUUUUGGAGGCUCAUGAAGUAACCUCUCAAGAUAUCCAAGAUUUGCUGGAUGAGUUGAAGGAUCAUGUUGAAUCGAUCGAUAUGGCUAAUGAUCUUCAUUCCAUUGGAGGCUUGGUACCUCUUCUUGGCUACCUCAAAAACUCCGAUGCUAAUAUCCGGGCGAAGUCUGCAGAUGUCAUAAGCACAAUGGUUGAGAACAAUCCUCGAAGUCAGCAAUCGGUUAUGGAGGCCAAUGGUUUAGAGUCAUUGCUUUUGAACUUUACUUCAGACACUGAUAUGCAUUCUCGAACACAGGCACUCGGUGCAAUAUCAUCUUUGAUUCGCCACAAUAACUCCGGGAUCACAGGUUUCCGGAUUGCAGAUGGUUACACUGGAUUGAGAGAUGCUCUGGAAUCUGAUAGCGUGAGAUUACAAAGGAAAGCUCUGAACUUGUUGCAUUAUCUUCUACAAGAGAAUGACUCAGACUAUGAUAUUGCUAUAGAGCUUGGGCUUCACGGUCUGAUGAUACACCUCGUGUCUAGCUUCGAUGCUGAUAUUAGAGAAGCUGCUCUUCGAGGACUGCUUGAGCUCGCCAAAAAUAGAAAAUUAUGUACUUGUGGUUCCAGCUUAGGGAAAGACAAUGAGAAACUGAGACAGAUUCUAGAAGAUCAGAUUAAAGGAAUCAGCUUGCUGUCACAAGAGGAUCUCUCAGCGGCUGAAGAGGAGAGACAGCUCUUGGAUUCACUGUGGGUCACAUUGUAUAAUGAACCUUCUUCUCUUUAGAAACAAAUGCAUCCCUGAAAACUACUUUGACCCGCAAAACUGGUAUGUGGAUCAAACUUUGUAUCUUGAGAACACUUGUUAAGGAAAUGGUUCUUUUAAUGAUUUGAACUCCAA